AGAGGAUAAGUUUUAUUUAUUGGGACAAAAUGCUGAUGAAAUUAUUUCAAAGGCCCAACUGCUUGCUGAAUCGAAGGAAUCGAUACCAGCUGCUAACUACGCUAUUGAUCAACGCUAUAUCCAUAUCCCAUGGAAUCGGCAUUGGAUGGCUAUCACCCACUCUGCGAAAGCUGCAGUCCGACUCACCCGUGAGUUUCGAAGUGAAGUCCGCUUUCGAAAUCUCCUGGGUGGGUUCCAUGCUGGGAAUGGGCUCAGUGACUGGCAAUAUUUUGAUAGGAUGCCUGCUCGAGCGCCUCGGCAGCAAAAGGUGUCUACUGUUCAUCGCCAUUCCGCACUCGUGCCUUUGGAUCCUGGUCUACUUUGCCCAGAGUGUGGAGUACCUGUACGUGGGAAGACUUUUAGCGGGCAUUUGUGGCGGCGGCAUGUACAUUGUUCAUCCCAUUUUCCUCAGUGAAAUAGCAGAUGCCAACAUCCGAGGCACCUUCUCAGCCAUGGUGAUGUUAUCGGUCAACGUCGGCAUACUUGUGGGCUAUAUAAUGGGAACCCACAUGGCGUACUACUCGAUUCCCUGGAUAGUGCUGAUCCUGCCCCUGUGCUACUUCAUUUCCGUAUUGCUGUUCAUCAAGGAAUCUCCCAUGCAUCUUAUAAGAAUCGGCAAGUACUCAGCCGCUGAAAGAUCAUUCCGUUACUAUAAGAACAUCAAGGACAGCGAUAAUAUACACGACCAAAAUAGAGCCAUGGAGGAGUUUGAGCACAUGAAAAUUUCCCUGACGAAGGGCGAUCCUCUGAAGGAUGCCAUCACUUUUAAGGACUUUUGCACUCGACCCGCCCUUAAAGCCUACGGUCCCGCACUGGUUCUGCUUAUUGCCAAUCAGUUUAGUGGACUCUUCACCAUGGUCAACUACAUGUCGGACAUUUUUGCGAAUUCGGGCAGCACAAUGGAUCCCGAUACUUGCACCAUCAUCAUCGGAGCUGUCCAAAUUCUGGGCACCUAUGUCACAACGCUGCUGUGCGACAUUUGUGGACGCAAGCUCCUUAUGUUGGUCUCCACGGCAGGAGUGGCCAUUAGCCUCACUGCCUUUGGGUUCUUUACACAAUACGCAAAGAACCAUGACGUUGGUGAAUGUAGCUGGAUACCCCUGCUCCUAAUGUCGAUGGACAUUUUCCUGGGAAACAUUGGCCUGGUGGGCUGCUUUUUUGUCAGCCUCGUGGAAAUGUUUCCUGUCAAGAUACGUGCCAAGGCAGCCUCAAUGGCAAUUGUGGUCUGCAGCAGCUUCGUGUUCGUCAUGCUCAACAUUUUCCCAAUUUGCAUGAAGGAGUGGGGAAUAUCUGCAACUAUGUGGUCGUGUGCAGGUGUUACUGCAUUUAGUUUUGUUUACUUUACUUAUUUCAUGAAGGAAACCAAGGGCAAAUCCAUGUUGGAUGAUUAAUUGGGAUGACUAAAAGAUAAUAAAGACUUUACCGUAAAUCUA